AUGAUGAUCGAUGACGAUGAAUUUCAAUGGGACGGUUAUGAUCAUUUGAUGAGUACCAAACCAUCAAAUAGAAAUGACCCAAAAGCAAGUAUAUUUGAUUUAAACAACAUGCGUGACUCUGUUCUCUUUGAAAAGGAUAGAUUUAGUUUUUGUUUAUCUCCUCCAAAAGAAAAGGGAGGUUCAUCAUUGACCACAAAAGCAAAUACUUCUUCAUCAUCGUCAUCAAAGGUUAGUCAACAACAACAACAACAUAUUCCAUAUGGAGUUCAACAACAACAACCAGUAUUAUCACACCAAGCAAAAGAAAAUAUUCCAAACAACUUGAAUGUUAGAAUCAUCAGCACAAAUACUAAACAACAACAACAACCAAUAACAUCACAACCAAUCAAGAUUAAACCAUCUAGUGCUUCACCUCCAUUGGUUUCUCAACAACAACAAAAACAAAAUACCUCAUCUUCAUCAAGUCUAAGUAGAGUACCAUCAUCACCAAAUAUUAAAACUCAACCAUUUAAUACAAAGACACCAACUGUUGGUAUUGCAACAAACCAUUCCUUGACAUCAUCGGUAGUACAAAAACAACCAACCACUGCCACCACCAGUAAGAAGGAACAACUUCAAUCACUCACAGAUGUCCAACUCGAUCCAAUGAGUACCAUUAGACUUCCAUCAAACCAACCAAUGUCAAAUAGACCACCAACACCAACCCAACAACAACCAUCGAGAGCUGGAUUAUCAACUCGUCCAGGUACUCCAACACAAAUUCCAGCCGUUCCUAUUCUAUCAUCACAAAAUUCGAUCACUGUCAUUCCAUUAUCCACUCGUCCAGCUACUCCAACCAAAGGUUUGACUUCUACCACCACUCCAACAUCUGUCAACCUCCCACCACCAUCUGCCGCCGUUACAUCUGCUCUAACUGCUCAGCUGCCACUCGAACAAAAUAACGGUAUUAGUAUUAUCACUGAAGCCAAAUUUGAAUCACGUCUUAAAAUUCUCGAAGCUGAAAAUCGUCUUCUCAAAUCACAAAUGUCUGACAAGGAUAAAUCAAUCGAUCAACUCUCUACAAGAAUUACAGAACUCGAAUCACAAAUGCAUACAUUUAUGGAUGAAGUAAAAUUAUUUUUAAUUGGUAAUAUGGAAAAUCAAUAA